AUGGUAGCUUUCUCCAGAUCAGCCGCCAUUCUCGCGGCUGCCCGGCUCUUGUCCACUGUUGCUGCCGAAAAUGCAACCAAUGUCAACAGUACUAUCAUCCCCGGAGCCUACAUUGUUGAGCUUGCCCCUUCUCAGGAUCAAGAUAGCUUCUACUCUGAGCUUGAGGGCUCGAUCGGCGACACCGUCACAGCCAGCCGGAACCUCACGUUCUCGCUCUUCAAAGGCGUCUCAUUCCGUACCUCAACCUCUGACGAUACUACUUCCGACUCCAUCGCCGCUCUCCCCGGUGUUAUCAACAUCUGGCCUGUCAAGCACUUCGCCGCCCCCGCGCCCAUCGUUGAAUGGACAGGACGCGGGCUUCCACUAAACAAGCGUGCUGACGAUGUCAACAGUGCAUACUCUCCGCAUAUUAUGUCUCAAGUGGACAGACUGCACAAUGAAGGCAUAUACGGCACAGGGCUGAAAAUCGCGGUCAUUGACACCGGCGUUGAUUACACGCAUCCAGCUCUCGGCGGCUGCUUUGGCCCAGGAUGUGUGGUGAGCUAUGGCUAUGAUUUUGUUGGUGACAAUUUUACCGGCGACAACACUCCAGUUCCUGACGAUGAUCCGAGAGAAACCUGCAGAGGCCACGGAACCCACGUGGCGGGUAUAAUUGCAGCUCAGCCCAAUGCUGGAACACCACUAGGUUUCACGGGAGUAUCCCCGAAUGUCACCUUGGGAGCUUAUCGCGUAUUUGGGUGCGCUGGGGAUGCAACCACCUCAGACGUUCUUAUCGAAGCUACUAUUCGGGCGUAUGAAGAUGGUAGCGAUAUCAUAACCGCUUCUCUUGGCUUCCCAAGUGGAUGGGCUCAAGACGCAUGGGCUACGACUGUCUCGCGAAUCGUCGCCGCUGGUGUUCCUUGCACUGUAGCAGCUGGUAAUGAAGCGACUAAGAUGGGAAUCUUCGCUGCAAGUGAUGCAUCAGUCGGGAACGGGGUUUUCUCGCUUUCAUCUGUCGGUAACACCCAACAACCUACCUACAAUAGCGAUACGCAGACAGUAUUCUCACCCGAUGAUCCCGUGAAUGGAGGGUUUUUAAGCUACUUCUCAUCCUGGGGCCCAACCUGGGAGCUAGAAAUGAAGCCUAGCUUCGGCGCUCCAGGUGGCAACAUUCUCUCAACCUACCCAGGCGGCAGCUAUGCCGUUCUCUCGGGAACUUCAAUGUCCACACCCUUCACGGCCGGCGUCUUAGCACUCAUUGCCCAGGUGCGCGGUAUCGAAACUCUUCGCAACCCACAAUUGCUCGAGAUCCUCCUAUCGAGCACCUCAAACGCCAAUAUGCACCACAACUCCCUGCGCGGCACCAAUUUCCCCUGGCUCGCGUCCGUCGCCCAACAAGGCGCCGGCCUGAUCCAAGCACACAACGCUGCAUAUCUCACGACCAUCCUCGACACCUCCAAUAUCGCUCUGAACGACUCAGAUAACUUCGUGUCCGAGAAGACUAUCACCAUUACCAACACUGGCAACGAAGCAGCGACCUACAGCUUCGGCCACCGCUCCGCCAUCAGCAUCUUCGCCCUCUAUGCAAACUCCAUUUUCCGCGAAAGCUACAUGGCCGAGACGGUCGAAGCCUUCGCCAGCCUGACCUUCUCCCCGCCCAGCCUCUCCAUCCCGGCCGGCCAGAAACAAUCCGUGAGCAUAUCCUUCACGGCCCCCGACACCGGCGCGCCUGCCCGCCUCCCCGUCUACUCGGGCUUCAUCACCAUCAACGGGACCCAAGGCGAGAACCUCGCGGUGCCAUACCUGGGCGUCGCCGGCAGCAUGCUAGCCGCCACCGUCAUGAACCCAGCCCAGAUGGACUUCUUCAGCGUCGUGAACGGCGACACCAUAUACGAAGUCCUCAAGGCCGACGUGACAUUCGUUCUCCCCGUGCCCCCGGAAGGAACGCCCACGCUGGCGCCGAACCUCACCAAUGCCCUCGAGCCCGGCCGGCUGCCGGCCCCCGUCGUGAUCCUGAUAUUGGGCUCUCCCCUCCUGCGGGUCGAGAUCGUGCCCAUCGGCGCGUGUGCCGACUGCGAGGUGCAUGACGUGCUGGGCCUCCGCAGCAUCGGGAAUACCGCGGGGAUGCCCACGACGUACAACAGCCCGACGGGACUGACCACCUCGUGGGACGGGCAGCUGGACAGCGGCGCAUACGCGCCAGCGGGGAGAUACAAGAUUGUUGUCAUGGCGCUGCACAUCUUCGGCGACGCGACCAACGCGGAGCAUUAUGAUACCUGGGAGUCGCCCGAGUUUAAUAUUGUCUAUCAGGAUUAA